AACGCCAUACUCUCUCCACAUAGCUGCUGUACAGUCUGUCUUUUACCUUAACUGUAAAAGAUGGCAGAAGAAGAAGCUGGUAUUUUUGUCAACCAGGAGCAGUUCAGCUGUCCCAUCUGUAUGGACCUUCUGCGGGACCCCGUGACCAUUCCUUGUGGACACAACUACUGUAAGGAGUGCAUUAAGAGCUACUGGGAGCAGAAGAACCAGAAGAAGUUGUGCAGCUGUCCAGAGUGCAGACAGACCUUCUCCCCGAGACCUGCGCUCAACAAAAACACACUGUUUGCUGAAGUUGUUGAGAAACUGAGACAGACUGGAAUGCGUUCCCCCACCAUACCUGGAGUUCAGAAUCAUGAAGUCAUUGCAAAAGAAAAGCAGGACCUGGUCGUGCUCUGUCAGCAAGAGCUUAAACAGUCACAGAGGAGAUGCCAGCAGGUCAUAAAGGAGCGCGAGACAGAGCUACAGGAUCUGAGACACGCCGUAAUCUCUCUCAGGAGCUCUGCCCAGGCAGCAGUGGAAGAGACAGAGAAGAUCUUCAGUGAGCUGAUUCAGUCCAUUGAGGCACUGUGUUUUGAGGUGACAGAGAUGAUCAAAGCAAAGGAGCAGAUGGAAUUAGACGAGGCACAUGGGUUUAUGGAGAAACUAGAGCAGGAGAUUGCAGAGUUCAAGAGGAGAGAUGCUGAAUACAACAUGCUUGCACACCUUGAUGAUAAAACUCAGUUCCUGAAGAGUUAUGAAACACUGUGUAGUCAGCCGGAGUUGGUGACCUCUCCUGCAGUUCUAGUCAAUCCGGACUUCUCUUUUGAGAUGGCGUCAAGAAAACUCACAUAUCUGAGUGAGGACAUUAAAGAUCUGUGCCAGAAGAAAUUGGAGAAAUUAUCAAAAAAAGUGACAAACCUGAAGUUUAUUCCUACCCCUGAACCUAAAAUCAGAGAGCAGUUUUUGGAAUAUUCGGGUCCCCUGACUCUAGACCUGAACACGGCUCACAGAAACCUCAGUGUUUCCUCAGAGACUGGAGAGGUGACGUGCAGCAAAACCUCUCUGUCUGUUCCUGACCACCCAGAGAGGUUUGACAGCUAUUACCAGGUCCUGUGCAGGGAGAGCGUGUCCGGCCGAUGUUACUUCGAGGCAGAGUGGAGCGGGAAGGGUCCCGUGCACAUUGCAGUGUCCUAUGAGGACAUCAGCAGGAAAGGAAAGAGCACCCUGUGUGCAUUUGGACAAAACGCCCAGUCCUGGAGUCUGGUGUGCUCUGAGGAUAUGUAUGCAUUCUGGCACAAUGGACGGGAAACUAAGAUUUCCAAAAUGCAGUGGGCUCGCAGAACUGGCGUUUAUGUCGAUUUCUCUGCAGGGAUUUUGGCGUUUUACAGCAUCACAGACUCAAUGAAUCUCAUCCACAUCAUUCGGACUACAUUUACUCAACCGCUCUAUCCUAGCUUCAGGAUUAACACCGGGUCUAGUAUGAGACUUUGUUAUCCACUUUAGUGGCAUGAAAUGGAGUGUAUUCAGUUCCUGAGCAGUUAUUAGAAAUGUAUGAAGUAUUAGAGAAUGGGUAAUACUUUACAAUAAGGUUCCAUUGGUUAACAUUAGUUAAUUACAUUAGUUCACAUCA